AUGAAAAGACGGUGGAAAGGCAAGUUUAUGAAAGCUGGUAAGCGUGCAAGAUUGGAGAAUUUAUCUCAGCAAAUGUCAACUAAGCCGAAUUUGUCAGAAAACAGCGAUUCUACCCUUGAGAAUGACAGUCAAGUUGAAACAGAAAGUGGGUGGGGUAUAAUCCAUUCUGGCUUGACAUACAGGCAAAUGAAUAGUUUAAUGUCAACUAUGGAAGUAAGAGGCCUACAUCACUCAGCCAUGACCAGAUUGGAAGCUGAAAUUCAUCCACAUAUACAAGAUGUCGCUCAUGAAUCAUGCUCAGCAGUUCUUCAAGAAGAAGUACAAAUCAAUAGCCCAACAUUUUCUGGAGGAGAUGACCAAGCAUCAGAUCCUACCAAUAAAGAAGGAAUUUUUAAAUAUGACAUGGGAUGGCAGAAACGAGGUAGUGGUCGAUCAUAUGACAGUAAGUCAGGUGUUGGGACCCUCAUAGGGAACAACACAGGAAAAAUAUGUGCUUUUGGUGUGAGACAGUCAGACUGUAGAAUUUGUACCCGUGACGUAAAUGGAAAUAAAGAGAAUGUCCCACCUCAUAACUGUACUAAAAAUUGGUCUGGUAGCGCAAAAGCAAUGGAAUCAGAUGUUGGAGUAAACCUUAUCAAAUCUAUUGAAAAACAAGGUGUGAAAGUAUCAACAAUAAUUAUGGAUGAUGAUACAACAACUAUGGCUAGAAUAAGACAAGACAUAAACCAUACUGUCAACAAAUGGAGUGAUGUCAACCAUACCACUAAACAUUUAACAAAAUAG